AUGAGGAGAAAUGUCACCUCAGUGACCGAGUUCGUUCUCCUGGGACUGACCAACCGCCUGGAGUUACAGAUUCUCUUCUUUGCGCUGUUUCUGGCCGUUUACGGGGUCACCUUGGCAGGGAAUUUGGGCCUGAUUGUGCUCAUCCAGCUCAAUGCCAGGCUGCACACGCCCAUGUACUUUUUCCUGAGUCACUUAUCCUUUGUGGAUGUGUGUUUUUCUUCCAAUGUGACUCCGAAGAUGCUGGAGACUUUCCUUUUGAAGAAGAAAACCAUUUCUUACUGUGCCUGCCUGGUACAGUGUUACUUUUUUAUUGCUUUGGUCCACGUGGAGUUCUAUAUCCUGGCUCUAAUGGCUUUUGAUCGGUACAUGGCCAUCUGCAAUCCUCUGCUUUACAGCAGCAAGAUGUCCAAGAGAAAAUGCAUGACCCUCAUCGUGAUGCCUUACCUGUAUGGAGCGCUCACCGGCCUCAUGGAGACCAUGUGGACCUACAACCUGGCCUUCUGUGGCCCUAAUGAAAUCAACCACUUCUAUUGUGCUGACCCGCCACUCAUUAAACUGGCCUGCUCAGACACCUACAACAAAGAAACGUCCAUGUUUGUGGUAGCCGGAUGCAACCUUUCCUUUUCCCUUCUGAUCAUUCUGAUAUCUUACCUCUACAUUUUCCCUGCUAUUCUGAGGAUCCGCUCCACGGAAGGGAGGCGCAAAGCCUUUUCCACCUGUGGCUCUCAUCUGACGGCGGUUAGCAUCUUCUACGCUACUCUCUUUUUCAUGUAUCUCAGACCUACAACCCAGGAAUCUGUGGAGCAAGGGAAAAUGGUGGCUGUAUUUUACACCACGGUCAUUCCCAUGUUGAAUCCUAUGGUUUACAGCUUUAGAAAUAAAGAUGUGAAAGAAGCAAUAGCCAAAGAGCCGUCAAGGAGAAAAACAUUUUCCCGAAAUUAA